AUGAAAGAUGUGGUUCUGAAACGGAGCUCAGAGGGCGGAGGAGGUUCUCAGAGGGCGGAGGAGGGUCUCAGAGGGCGGAGGAGGUUCUCAGAGGGCGGAGGAGGUUCUCAGAGGGCGGAGGAGGUUCUCAGAGGGCGGAGGAGGUUCUCAGGGGUCUCCAGAGGAAGCAGGAGACAGAAGCUUAGUCUCCGUCUCACAGCGAUCCUAAAGGUGGCACCACUGGAAGAGGUACCACCAGCUGUGGUCGGGCCCAAUCUAAAGUCUCAGUCAUAG